GGACCACAGAAAGUCCCCGGAUAAAUUCAUUGAAAUCUGUGGAUUUCUAAUCCUCAGCCGGCUGAGAAAUAAACGACACGGCAACUUCAGAUACACACUUUGUUUGAGUGUCUCCCACCGAGCUGAAGAGACACAAUGCCGGCAUUCGCAUCUGAACUCAGGAUAUUGGUGUUUGGAAAGAGACCAAUUGACAAAACAAGACUGAGUGACUUCAUCACCAGGGAAAGGGAGGGUCUGUAUCAGAAAGUGACAAAGCAACACACCUGCGCCGCUGGAGAAUGGAGGGGCACGCAACUCAAGGUGGUGAGCACCUCAGACAUCUUCAGUCUGCCGGAGGACCGCGUGAGACACGAGAUGAGAACCUGCGUCGCUCUUUGUCCUCCGGGGCCAAACGUCCUCCUGCUGCUGGCGAGGCCGGAGGAUUUCAACGAAGAGGACAGACGGAAAUGGGAGUUUGUCCUGAGCUUCUUUGGUCCGGAUGCCUUUGAAUACUCGAUGGUCGUCAGGGAGCAGAAGGAAGAGGCAUGCAGCACGUCUGCGGACCAAGUCAUCCGAAGCUGCAGCCGGAGGCAUCACGUCUUCGACUUGGAGGAAAAAGGUCUCGCGGAUUGUGAUUAUAAAGAACUGAUUGGAAAGAUGCAGAAUAUCGUUAAAGACAACAGAGGAGGUCAUCUGAACUGUAUUGAAGAGUCUGAUCCCAAAGCAGCAUCCGUAACAUCCAAGCCUCCCCUGAACCUGGUGUUGUGUGGGCGACAUGGAGCCUGGAAGACCUCAACGGCCAGAGCCAUUCUGGGACAACGACAGAUUGAUCCGCCUGUCGACUCCUCACAGUGUCUUCAACACCAGGGAGAGGUGGAUGGACGUCGGGUUUCUCUGGUGGAGCUGCCUGCCUUGUUUGGGAAGCCUCAGGAGGAAGUGAUGGAGGAAUCCCUGAGGUGUAUCUCCCUGUGUGAACCUGAAGGCGUCCAUGCCUUCAUCCUGGUCUUACCUCUAGGGUCCCAAAAUGAGGAAGACCAGAAAGAGUUGGAGACCAUCCAGGACACUUUCACGUCUAGCGUGAAUGACUUCACCGUGAUCCUGAUCACUGUCGACUCAGAUCCUCAUUCUGCCGCCGUCCUGAAGUGCCUGAAGGAGAGUACGCACUUCCGGGACCUCUGCCGAAGCUGUGGAGAUCGACACGUCGUCUCGGACCUCAGAAACCAGCUGCAGGUCUCCAAUGUGUUGCACGCUGUCGAGAAGAUGACAGCCGGCACAUCCAGAGGUUUCACACAGGAAAUGAUGGCCAAGCCCCGGGCGGGUGAGGCUGCGAGGCCAAAACCUGCACUGAGGAGGAACGUCGAUGAACACGCAAACAGAGAGUGCCUCAGGAUAGUCCUGAUUGGGAAGACCGGUUCAGGAAAGAGCGCCAGUGCGAACACUAUUUUGGGCAAAGCGUGCUUCAAAUCUAAAGCCAGCCCAAGGUCGGUGACAGAGUUUUGCCACAAAGAAACCGGGGAGAUCGAAGGACGUCCCGUUGCAAUAGUCGACACCCCCGGCUUGUUCGACACCACCCUGUCCAACGAGGAGGUGAAGCAGGAGCUGGUGAAGUGCGUCACCAUGUUGGCCCCCGGCCCUCACGUGUUCCUGCUGGUGCUGCAGGUCGGCCGCUUGACGCAAGAGGAGAAAGACACCGUGGAGCUCAUCAAGGGGUUCUUCGGAAAGAAGUCGGAGGACUACAUCAUCGUCAUAUUCACCAGAGGAGACGACCUUCAAGGCAAAUCCUUCAACAGCUACAUGCAGGAAGACAGCGAAGGCUUUGUUGGAAAGCUCCUGGAUGACUGCGGAGGAAGAUACCAGGUUUUCAACAACAAACAACACAAUAUCGAUUCGGUCAGAGAGCUCCUGAGCAAAAUCGACUCCAUGGUGAAGAAGAACGGCGGCGACUGCUACACCUCCAACAUGUUCCAAGAAGCCGAGGCAGCCAUACAGAAGGAAAUGAAGAGGAUCCUGAAAGGAAAAGAGGGAGAGAUCGAGAGAGAGAAGACGGACUUUGAAAAUAAACACAUCGAAGUCAUUCAGGCCAAGCAGAAGAAACUGACCGAACAAGCCACCAAAACCGAACGAGAGGGAGAGCUGAAGACCAAACUCAUCCAGAUGAAGGCGGAGCAAAUUAAGCUGGAGCAGGAGAAGAUGGAGAGGGACCAAGCGGAGAGGAGAGCCCAGGGAAGGGAGACGAAGAUGCAGGACGAAAUCCAACAGAAGCAGUGGAAACAAAGUCUGGAAGCCACCAGCAAAGCGCAGGCGGAGAGCGGCGAGGAGAGGAGGCGGAUCUGGGAGAAGGAGCGCAGUGAGAGGUGGGAGAACCAAUGCAAGGAGGACCAACGGAGGCGACUGGAGGAGCAAGCACAGCUGCAGAGGCUCAAGGAGGAGUACGAACACGAGAAGCUCCAGCAGGAGAGGCAGAGAAAGGAGGAUCGACUCCGGAGGGAGAAAGAAGAGACGGAAUUAAAGAAACUGCAAGAGACACUGAUGAGGAAUCUGACGGUGAUCCAAAACAAACACGAGGAGGACGCCAGGCGGCAGGCGGAAGACUUCAACGACUUCAGGCAGAUGUACGCCGACAACUUCGAAGCCCUGACGGAGAAGCACGGCAAGGACAUGGAGCACCUGAAGGAGCGCCACCAGAAGCACAACGAGCUGCUGGUGCAGCAGCUGUGCAAACACAAGUCGUACCGGAGGGACUUCGACCGGCUGCUCCGGAAACAGGAUGACGAAUGCAACAAGAUGAUCGGCACGCUACGGCCGCCCAACGGAGAACACAUGCACGAGCACAUCGGUGAGCUGAAGGCGAAGCACGAGGAGGAACAGAACCAGUGGAUACAAGAGCAUGUGAAGAAAGGCCGGAGAAGGAACUGCCCCGUUUUAUGAGCGGCGGUGGGACGUAACACAAGAUGCAUUCUUCUGUUUCCUAUUUUAUAUAUAUAUAUAUAUAUAUAUAUAUAUAUAUAUAUAUUAGGGCUGUCAGCGUUAACGCGUUAAUCUAUGCGAUUAAUUUGGCCGCGAUUAACGCACUAAAAUAUUUUAACGGAACUUUGUUUACUUCCGGUGUGCGUUGACGUUUUUACACUCCUCUGAGUGUCAAACCGCGGCAGUGCGGUUUGACACUGUUUCCGUUAUUUAAAACAACUAUUUCUCCGCGAAAAUACGGAACAGAAAUCAGUUUAAACUCCUGGAUGAAUCAGUCGGGUUUCCUCCUGCGCCUCCUUCCUCCCGUCUGCUCCUCCGACCCACAGAGACACAGAGGGGCGACGUGUCGGAUGACGCGGCGCGGAAAGACUCGUCACACGAAACCUUCACCGUGAUUUGUCAAUCCAUUUGUCUGUCAACAAUUUGCGAAAAAACAACCAAUGAACACUCAGUAAAUGACAAAGGACCUCCCACCACACAGGUGAGGCUCAUUAGCAACCUGUCAGUCAGAGGACAGAGAACACGGCGCGAGGACAAUGAGCCUCAUGAUAGUGAGCUGAGAUUGUUCUGGAAUGUUUGAUGUAUAACACGUGGGGAAUGGGGAUGUGUCAUAUGCAAACGCCUUUCAAAGGUGAAUAAAAAAAAAAAUGUAAAAUGGAGAAAAUGAGCCCGACUCCAGAGGGUAAACGUGACAUAUUUGAAUGUCAGUCAGUUUACCAAGGCCACUGGUUCUGCUGCUGUUCAGUGUUAAAGAUGACAGGACCAAUGGGGUCUCAAGUACACCUUGUUUUACUAAUCUGGAUGUUUCACUGAAGAAACAAUUUAUCAUCCACGAUAUAAAAUACCUCGCAGGCAUUUUAUAUGUAGGAGCCUCUUUGAAAACACAGUGUGAAGUUUUGUCUUUAAAAAGAAGAAGAAGAAAAAAUGCAUUAAUCGCAAUUAUACGCGAUUAAUGAAUUUCAAAAUGUGCGAUUAAUUACUUAAUUUUUUUGAAUCGAUUGACAGCCCUAAUAUAUAUAUAUAUAUAAGGAAGUAUAUAUAAGGUUAUAUAUAUAUGUAUAUAUAUCUAUAUAUAUAUACAUAUAUAUAUAUUACGUGUUGGGUGAAAGUCACAACAGAAACACUCGUUUAGUACGUUUAGCGACAGGCGGAUUGAUCCACACACCACAGGAUUAUAACCGAUAACCAGCAGGGGGGGUCUGCUCCCUCAGUUUGUCAAAACCAAUGACGGCUACGUCCGAAACGAUCAGGAACUUAAACCACCAAGUGCAUCGCAAUGUUUUGUUUCUUUGAAGCAUGAAUUUAAAUUAAUUGGUAAAUAUAUAUAUAUAUAUAUAGUUAUACAUAUAUAUACAUAUAUAUAUAUAUGUAUAUAUAUUUGGUAUAUACCAUGCAUGUCAUAUUUCCCAGUGUAAGUAUAUAUAUCAAACAUUGAACGACAUCAUUCUUUACAUAGAAUUAAAAAGGACGAAAAUUAGCACAUUUAAAUGUUAUUAAUGUUGAUUAAUGUGUGUUGUGCUUAUGAAUAUAUAAAUUUAAUUAAAUUCUUCAUUUGGUGCAUAGAUUUUAAAAAAGAUGAAAUUUGGAGUGGUGGAUAAAAAGUUUAUGAUUUUUAGUGGCAGGAAGUGGAAAUAUGUCUUAACAUGUACCACCUAAAAUUUAAAGUUUGCACUGUGAUAAUAUUUUUAUUUUAUUUGGUUGUUAUUAUCACAUCUUAUGAAAGCAAAGGUCUUAUUUAGUCAUUCAGAAAGUUUCUUACGUAAAUAUGAUUUUUUUGUUUCUUGUAAACAAACUUCAAUGAUUAAUAAAUUACAUUUUUAAUCUU